UAAACUCGUGGUCUACUUUGUUUCAAGAAGCUCAUAGCAAGAGAAAGCAAAAGCCUCUGGAGGCGCGUGGCCGGCGAGUGGAGAAGACACGGCGGCGCUUGCAAUAAAUUUCUCCGGUGGCGGCCGUGAAAUGGGUUCAAGAGAGCGAAAGAAAGCAGCAGCUUCUUCUCAUCACAAGUCAAAAGAAUUUCGUGCAUCCACAAGCUCUAGUGCAAUGGUGAAUGUGGAGAGUCUAGAGAGGGGUUUUCUUAUAAACGUAUUUUUGGAAAGAAAUUCACCUGGAUUGUUGGUUCGAAUUCUAGAAGCCUUUGAGAAAUUAGGACUCGAAGUCCUCGACGCUAAUGUGUCUUGUUCCGAUUGUUUCCAACUCCAAGCUGUUGGAGAAGAGAAUGAAGGGACAAAAAUCAUAAAGGCCCAAGUGGUGAAAAAUGCAGUAAAGCAAGCAAUCAAGGAAUGGAGUGAAAGUAAUGGGCAAGCAUGAAAUAUAUAUAAUAUUACAAUUUUUUAUUUUUCCUUUUUUUUUUCUCUCCCCUUUUUCUUUUUCCCCAAAUAGCACAUCUCCUUUUAUGUAUAGGGUGACCAAAAUUUCAACUCUUUUUCAAGUGUAGAAUUUAAAAAAAAAAAAAAAAAAAAAAAAAUUGUUUUUCUUCUCAAAACCCUGAGAAGAAAUUCAGAAAUUGUUUUUUUUCCCCACUUUCCUCCUCUCUUUCUUUCUCUCCAUUUUGUUUGUUCCAAAACUAUAUAUAUAUAAUGUGUACUUAAAUUUUCAUU